AUGGGUGCAGCAGAGCGUCUGUGGUUGCUUGCUGGUUUCUGUCAGGUGAUCUUGCUGACCUGUGAACAGCAUUUAAACCCUGCAGAGGUUGAACUUGUCUUUCCGUCCUUCUCGUCCAUGAAAAAUCCAAACAUCUACACAGUCACCUGCAGGACUGCAAGUAACCGCCUGGUGUAUGUGGAGCCCAUUGAUCAUUCAGCAUGCUCCCCUGACUGCACCACAUCCCUGCGAUUGGUUGAGGACCCAAGAGGAUAUACCAUCACACUGAGAGCAAGCAGAAAUGAUGCUACCCUUGAGGCAAAGACUUUUCACUUCACUCCAGUCUCACUGUCCUCCCUUCAUAUGUACAGUGCGACGACAACCACUCUCCUGACAUGGAAACUUCAGAGACAACAAAGCUUAUCCACCCUGAGUCUGUACAACUGCAACACGCAGUCUGUCACACACAUCUUCAACAUCAGCUCAUCAGAGGCAAAGUCUCAGUACGCAGUGAAAGGUCUCCAGCCUGGCACACGCUUCAAGGCCAAAGUUGUGGUGACGACAUUCCUCCGACGCCUUAAUAUGACCUUGAAGGAGAGACUCAGCAUUGCCACAGAAACAGCUCAGUGCCCUCCUGGCUGGCUGGCCGAUGGGAGAAGCUGCUAUACUGUGAGCAGGAGAGGACUGACCUGGACUGAUGCCCAGCACAGCUGCAGAGGCCUGGCAGCUGGAAGUCACCUGGCCGACAUGAAGACCCUGGAAGAUCAGGUUUUCAUAUCCUCUCACCUGCUGAGCCACAACGCCCUGCUGCUGCUGUGGACCGGGCUGAAUGACCAGCAGGAGGAGGGACGGCCUCUCUGGUCUGACGGCUCAGCCCACAACCUGACGAACAUGAUGGUGUCAUCACUGCCAGCCAAUCAAACAGACUGUUUUGCUCUUCAGAGAAAUGCCACGGGACCAGGAUGGUUUCUCACCCCGUUCUUCUGUAACAUCCCCUUACCCUUCAUCUGCCAGUACCAGACCCCCUCAGUCCCCGCCUCAUUCGCUUUCGACCUGGUUCAGGUGACGGAGCAUCAGGCAGAGCUUCGUUGGAGUGACCUCUCACCUUUGCGCUCACUUAAUCUUUCAACUUUGGAGAUAUUCCUCCAGUACCAAGAGGAGGCAAAUGGAAAAUCGAGCCAAGGUGAAGGAGACAGAAGCGGGAAGUCAGAGGACAAAAAGAGGACACAAAGCGGUGCUAAAAGAAUUGUCAUGGUCCCCAUUUCCUGGUCCUCCAGAGGGGUAACUGUGGCAGGUUUGUCUCCAGGGAGCGUCUACUCUUUCACCCUGCGAGCCGCUCACCCUGCUGGCGCCGCCUGGAGCUUGGGACAGACACGGACUGCGUACACUAGACCUCUUGCACCUCAUAAUAUCACUGUCGGACCCAUUUCUGUCAGUCAGAUUAGCGUCCACUGGACUCUGACAGAUGCACAGUUAAAGCUUGGAUGGACAUUUGUUGUGCGCUAUUUGGACACAUCUUCAGGGCAAGAGAGGUUAAUUGGAAUGACCAACAUCUCUAGGGUAUCUGAGACUGGUGGGUUGCAGUCAUACGCUGCUGUGAUUGGAGGGCUGGAGUCGUACAGGAAAUACAGGGUUGAAGUUUCCACAGUCACCCCGUGUGGGAUAGAGAGCUGUGGACAGGUGCCUGUGACUGCGCAGACUGCUGUGAGGGCCCCUGGUGGUCUGGUGGUGUCGAGCACGACAGGAAAUCUGACAGUCUGCUGGACCAGUCCCCCUGACGACCCACCAGACGGUUAUUACAUCACAUCCCACCCACUCAUUUACCCCACUCCAACUUCACUGUGGAUAAACCAGUCCAGUCCAGGUGCACACUGGGUAAAUGAGUCUGUGUGUGUUAACUUGGGCUCAUCGACUCCAGGUCAAACUUAUAAGGUUGGAGUGGUCUCAUUGAGGGGAAAGGACAGAAGCAAAAGGACCAGCAUCACACACACCACAGGUCCAAUGCCAGUUCAUGUAGCGGUCCCUUUUUCAGUGGGCACAAACUCUGCACAACUGUACAUCCAGCCUCCACAGCUGGGCCUGAUCGAUGGGGUGAAAGUGUGUGUUUGUCCAGUAGUGUGUGACUCUGUGUGUGAGGGAUCAUGUGAGUACACAUGUGAGUGGUACUCUCUCCCUGCCGGUGUUCAUAUCAUAACCCUUCGCGACCUCAGUCCAGGAUCAGAGUACCAGCUCAGGGUGUGCAGCACCAGCCGAGAGCAGGCCGGACCGCCUUAUUACACCCGCCGCCUCAGAACAGGUCUGGCGCCUCCUAACAGAGUGAGGGAGGGUGUGGUGACAGAUUCAUCCAUAGAGCUGCUCUGGGAUCCAGCACAAGGACAGGCUCACAGCUAUGAGGUCAUCUGCCUCGACUGUGACCAUUCACACAUGGUGCAGAAGGUUUUCAGUGAGAGUGCAGCAUUUUCUGGUCUAACUCCAGGCAGGCUUUACCGCUUUGCAGUACGAACAGAGAAGGAGUCCUUCACAGACAGCUCCCCAGUCGCCAUCAACAUCACUGCAGCUCCAAGCCCACUGGAGGUGUCUCUUGUCAAUAAAACCACGUCAUCCAUAUGCAUUCGUUGGAGUACGGUCAGGGGAGUAGUGAGCGGACUCCUCCUGUCAAUCAAAAACACGACAUCCAGUCAAGAGCUGAUCGUUUCUCAUCAGGAGCCCAGAUCUUACAGCUUUGAAGGCCUCGCUCCCGGAAGCCAAUAUACAAUUGAAAUUGUGUGCACCAGCGGGGACAAAAGGAGUAAACCCGCCACUGUGAUCCUUCAUACUAUCCCGGAGGUGCCGCAGGAAGUGGCUCUUUCAGGGCAGGCAGUGACGUCAGUGUUUGUCACUUGGAGACCACCGCCGGGACAGGUGGAUGGGUACAAGCUCGUGUUUGGCCUGCUGUCCGUGGACAGGAAAUCGUGGACUGAGGGGCUUGUCCAGGCCACGAGUUAUGAGAUCAGGGAUCUGAUCCCGGGGUCAGACUACGAUGUCAGUAUUCAGAGCGUGCUGGCCUCAGACACCAGUGAGGCAGUCCACAGAGAGUUCAGCACACGGCCAGCGGGAUUGUGCUCCCUUCAUUUAGCCCACAUGAACUCUUCCUCUGUCUCUGUGAGCUGGGACAGUGCAAUUGGAGAGUUUGACUUCCACAGAGUCACUGUGGCCAACAACUCAGUCACAACCACGUUCACGAUACCCAAGGAGGAGCGGGUUGCCGUGGUCACAGGGCUGGUGGACGGCUGCAGCUACAACGUGAGUGCCGAGCGAGUGAGAGGACUGAAAGCGGGCAGCGCUGCCUCUCUGACUGUGACCACAGUGCCAGCCCCUGUACGAGGAGUGCGCGUGGUGAACGUGUCUGCACGUGCAUUCUUGCUGCGUUGGGAGCAGGCGGUGGGGUGUGUGGAUCAUUACCAGGUGAACCUGCAACCAAAUCAAGGAAAAAUCACAGUGCAGCCUGCACAUGGUGGAUACAUCCAGGCCGACGUGGCGAAUGUCAGUCCGGGGAUGCAGUACACUGUAACGGUCACAGCUGCCUCCUCUUCUAACAUAAGCCCGGGAGUCAGCCGCAUGAUCAAUACUAAUGACAGCGUUCCUGGUCCACCUUUAGGCCUAGAGGGAGAGGCCGUGGGCUCUAAUGGCAUUCUGCUCUCCUGGACCAUGCCACCUGAUGCCAGUAAUAUUGACGGAUAUGUCAUCAGGUACAAGGAGGUGUGUCCCUACCCUGAUCCCACCUUCACACAGGUGACCAAGUACCUGGACAUACCAGAGACCCUGCUCACCGACUUCACCUCAGGUUCUACAUACCACAUUGAGGUAGCAGCCAUAUCUCCAGCUGGAAUAGGAGCCUUCAGCAAAUCUUUAUACAUAAAGACGGCUGAGUCCCCCCCCGGCCUCGUGACCAACUUGACAGCUUUUGCCCAGAACCACACCUCCGUCAUGGUUACCUGGUUCCUGCCGCACCGCAUCAACGGCCUCAUCACAAAGUUUGCUGUCAAGGCGAAACACGCUCGUACCGGGCAGACAGUCCGCACGUUAGAGGUCAACGCAGAGGACAUCAUGACCGGAGCGCUGCCUCACUGCAAUGAUGCAGCUGAUAUCCUUUCCCGUGCAACUCUCAGUCCUUUGGAGAUAACAGCGUCAUCUCCACCCAUCACCCUCUCCGCCGUUCCCCCUGCAGCCUCCUGGAGUGUGCCCAUAUCAGUCGGAGUUGAUCAGCUGCGACCUUACACCGCCUAUCUGUUCGAAGUGUCUGCCUUCACCUCUGAUGGAGAGGGACAGAUAGCCUCCACCAUGGUCCGCAUGCCAGAAUCAGCGCCAGAAGACCCGCCACAAAGCUUCUCUAUAUUAAACAUGACGUCUAGAUCGAUCUCCGUGUCCUGGAACUCUCCCAACAUCAUCACAGGAAAAUUCACCUACGUGAUCUACCUUUAUGGACCCUCAGGAUACUUGUAUGAGAACAGCACAGGAGACAUGCGCUUCACUCUUACUAGUUUGACCCCCUACACGAGGUACACGGUGGCGGUGCGAGCCAAAGCUGCUGGAGAAGUGGGUCCAGCAGCGCAGGAUGAAGUACUUACACCUGCUGAAGCACCCGGUGCAGUGCAGGACUUGAGAGCAGAAGCUGAGGAUUCUGUUUCGAUCCGCGUGAGCUGGAGAAGCCCUGCACAGCCCAACGGCAUGAUCACACAGUACAGGCUGCAGGUUCUGGUGGACGACGUUCUGCUGCAGGACAUCACCCUCACUGCAGAGAAUACAACCGGUUUGAAUGAAGAUGAGACACUUCUCCCUGAUGUCAAUACCAAUCCCGGGCGACGUAAGAGAGCUGCCGAGCUCGGCCUGGUCACAUCACCGCCGACUUUCACGGCCACUAUUUCUGAUCGCACGCUGCCCACUAGUGUGACUGCUUCCAGCCUCUCACGCUCUCCUGACCAGAUCACUAACACCGACCCGACUGAGAAGCCCAGCACCAGCUACGCUUCAGCUUCACACUCUGACAGCAAAAAUAGUCCGUCUACUGACGCUGCAGUCUUUGGGCCCUCUGCCUUUUCUCUUACCUCUGCUCCACCUGCCACGCUUCCACCCUGGCUGACGAAGCAAACACAUGCUGGGGAUGUAACCUCAGAUUCCUCCCCUUUGGCCCUGACUCCAGGCCAGCUCCGCUUGUCCACACAUGAUGCAUCAAAUCCAGGACACUUUUCGACACGCAGUGCUUCUGGUACCACAGGUGUAACAGUAAGAGAGGAGGUGGUGGACGUUUUGUCUGAGGAGCAGUCUUACCUGGUGUCAGAUCUGAAUCCCUUCACCGAUUACACAUUCAGGGUAACUGCUUCCACAACUGUGGGAGAGGGUCCUGCGUCGGAUAUCACUGAGAAGACCAGGGAGCAGGUUCCUAGCUCAGUGCUCGAGGUGUCCUACCAAAACAUCAGCUCCACCUCCAUACUAGUGAGCUGGGUCCCACCACUGAACCCCAAUGGAAGGAUCACACAUUACACUGUCUAUGGUCUCAAACUGCACAGUAAUCAGGCCCUGAAGUGGAUUGCUAACACCACCAGCAUAUUGAUAACAGAUUUGGACAAGUAUACUGGUUAUAAGCUGCGUGUAGCUGCAUCCACAGCUGUGGGAGAGAGCUCUCUGUCUGAGGAAGAUGACAUCUUUGUUUUCACCUUAGAGGAUGAACCUGACUCCCCCCCUGUGAACCUCACUGUGGAUGACACCAGCCCCUCCACUGCCACGCUGGCCUGGUCUGCACCAGAGAAAGCCAAUGGGGUGAUCCAACAUUACGAGGUCCUGUACGAGAACGAAUCCUACUCUGCAGUGAUGAACGUGUCUUCUAACAGCGUCACUCUCAUCAACCUGAAGCCAUUCUCCUACUACAACGUGUCUGUGAGGGCGUACACGCGUUACGGCCAUGGCAACCAAACAUCAGACACUUUAUACCUGCUGUCUGGAGAGGAUGUCCCAGGCAGCCCUCCGUAUGCCGUUUCUUUUGAGUCAGUCAGUUCCAGCGAGGUGAACGUGACCUGGCAGCCUCCUCUUCUGCCCAACGGGGUCAUCACCCACUACAGCUUGGAGCUUUGGAAUUCCAGUCACUACCUGAACCUCACCUCCCCAACCAACCACAUCCGCGUCACGCACCUGAGGAAGUACGCACACUACCGCGUCGUGGUGCAAGCGCACACGCGCGCCGGGCCCGGAAACUACAGCAGCGAGCCGCUCAACAUCACCACCCUGGAGGAUGCUCCAGACACACCCCCUCAGUUCCUCCAUGCCAGGAAGUUGUCAGACUAUGAGGUAGAGUUGUCAUGGCAACCGCCACUUGAAGCCAAUUCAGACAUACUCUACUACAUUGUCAGAGUUUGGAAUGAAACGGCUGAGGUGUGGCACAAUGUAACGGGGACAUCGGUGGUUAUUAAUGUCGACUCAGAGAGUCGCUACAACGCCUCCGUCUCCAGCUGGACCAGACUGGGAGAUGGAGGAGUGCUGAUCUACAUCAGCUUUACCACCACUGAUGCAGAACCAUUUGACCCCCCACAGAAUGUGACUUUUGCAAAUGUGACCACCUCCUCUGUCACCUUGCUGUGGCACCCGCCUGCUGAACCCAAUGGCAUCAUUAUACACUACACUAUUUACUACUCAGAUAACGUCACCGUGACUGAGCAGAGGAUUCCCAUUUCAGACUUAGAUGCCCCUGCCUCUCCUGAUUCAGCCCACUCCUACACACUGACUCAGCUGAUUGGGGGCACAAACUACACCCUGUGGAUGACCUCCAGCACUGUGCAGGGGGACGGAGGGGUCCAGAGCGAGCCACUCUCCGUGUUCUUACCGGAGGACGUGCCAAGCGACUCGGUCCGAAACUUGACAGCUCAGAUCUUCAGCUCCACAGCCAUCAUCGUCAGCUGGGACCCUCCCCUCGAGCCAAACGGCCGUCCCUCCUACCUGCUCACAUUACAGGAGGCCGGCACCCCACCAAACGUAUCCAACCAAGGGACUCCAGCUGUCAAUAAAACCAUCAAGCAUACCACGACUGACAACGUCUUCCUAUUUACCAGACUCAAGAAGUAUUUCCCUUAUGUGCUGACUGUUACACCUGCAACUGGUGCUGGCCCUGCCUACAACCACACCAGCACAAUGUACCUGAGGACCGAUGAUGACAUUCCCAGUUCAGCUCCGUUGCUGAUGUCCACCAAGAAUCUGUCAUCGUCUGCCAUCGCAGUGGUCUGGCAGCGCCCUCUCGAGGCCAACGGGGAGAUAACCGAGUAUACCCUUGCCCUGUUUGGCCCCAGGGGCUCCAACAUAACACACACCCCCAACACCUCGUUCAUCCUCACCAACCUACUUCCUUACACAGCUUACAACCUCACCAUUACAGCUGCAACACGUAAAGGCUCAGGGCCUUACCUGCUGCUGCAGCUGCACACUGAUGAAGGAGGCCCCAUGUCCCCUCCCCGUAACCUGACUAUAUACGACCACACGGCAGUCUCUGUGUGGCUGAGCUGGGAGCCUCCUCUAGAGCCCAAUGGAGUAGUAAUACAGUACGGCUUCAGGAUCCGGGACCUCAUCACACACACCGUCACACACAGGAAUUCCUCUGGUCCGUCGACCACAGAGUAUCUCUCAGGCUUCAGGCCUCACAGCUCCUAUGAGAUCCGUGUUUACAGUUACACCAGAGUGGGCCAUGGGAAUCAGUUCAGCAGCCCUGUGACCUUCACGACUAACGAGUCAGUGUCUGAUGCUGUGGGGAACCUGUCCUGCUCAGGAGUGAGCUGGGAUUCAGUUCAGAUGUCUUGGGAACUUCCAGCCAACCCUAAUGGGCAGAUCCUUUUUUAUGAGAUUCUACUGGAGGUAGACUUGCAGUCCUAUACACACCAGGCCCACACACCGGAGUACGUAGUGAAUGGGCUGUCACCAGACCAGGAGUACACGCUCACUGUGGCUGCAGUCAACUCUGCAGGACCCGGAGACCGAGUAAACUGUACUGCUUCCACUCUCUCUGAAUCAGUCCCAGCUGCCCCUCGCUUCCUCACCAUCUCUCAGGUCACAGCUAACAAUGUGACACUUAAAUGGGCUCCACCGCUCUCCAUCCCAGGCCUGCUGAAAGGGUACCACAUCAUUGCACAGCUGCUUUCAACUAUUUGCGAACCAAACAUACUAACUACUGCGCAGCCGGUCCCAGAGGACGAACUGACCUCAGACUGCGUGGACUCUAAUGCCACGGUGUCUGUGAACACUUCGGAUGGCUCCAAAGAGAACCACAGUGUCACGCUCCAAUCCCUGGCUAAAUACAGAUACUACCGCUUCAAAGUGGCUGCAGUGACCAACGCCGGAGUUGGAGAAUAUACACAGUGGAAUUAUACACGCACCCUGGCUGGAAACCCUGAUGCCCCUCCCCGUGAGCUGAAUGUGACGCCCUCAUCCAACGGCCUUCGCAUUGCAUGGGGCGCUCCAGCUGUUCUCUCCGGACCGACUUGGUAUCUAGUGCAGGUGGAUGGUCCUGAUUUGAACAUCUCAACAGUCCGAGCUCCAGGAGAGUUGAUGACCAUCGUUGUGACUAACUUGACUGCUUUCACUCGUUACUUUGUGACUAUCACUGCCUUCACUGGUCCAUUGGAGCACGCAACCAGUGAUGGGAAAGCUAUCGGGCCUAUUGAAUUUCAAACACUUGAGGAACAACCCAAAGACCCUCCCAAGAAUGUGAUUGUAUCAGUUAUCCCCGAGGAAGUGAACCGUGUGAAGGUGACUUUUACCCCUCCAGAGGAGCCCAAUGGAAACAUAACUGCCUACUUUGUGUACAUCUAUGAAAAGGACCAGCUGGUCAAGAACAUCAGCCUUAAUAUCACCCAAAGAGACCAAAACAUGAUGACUGCUGUCAUAGAGGGCCUGAAGGGAGGACACAGCUACAGUAUACAGAUUUCAGCAAAGAACGGGGCUGGUCGAAGCCCACCCAGCCCACAUGUCCAGAUCACUACAGGGAUCAAAGCCCCGGCCAAGCCAACCCAAAGACCCCAGGCAGUGCUGGGCCAUGGAGGGGUUGCCAUGGUAACCCACAGGAGUAUCACCAUCCGCAUGCCUGCCUGUUUCUAUAGUGACGACAAUGGACCAAUCACAAAAAUUCAGGUCAUCGUGGCUGAGUCAGGGGUGAAGGACGUCCAGAACCUGACCAGCUGGAAGAAUGCAUUUUUUGAUCGUCCUGCCCCUUACCUGACUGACAAGGGGUUCCCCAACCCGCCGUGUUUUUCGGAGGCCGGAGCGUCACGCACGGCGGCACACGUCAGAGGUGGUCGCAGUGUGUCCGGAGACGGCCGGCCCCCGCUGAGGCUAAACCACACUACAGCAGGAACCUACGUGAUUGGAGAGAAUGAUGACUGUGUGACGGAGAACAACACUGAUAAUUUCUGCAAUGGACCUCUGAAGCCUAACACGGUCUAUGUGUUUAAGUUCAGAGCCACUAACAUCAAUGACCAAUCCACAGACUCUGAGUACUCUGAGCAUGUCAAAACUGCAGUGGAUGGCCUUUUGACCAGAGAGGAGCAGAUCAUUCUUGGAGUUCUGCUCUCCUUCUUCUUGGCUGUAUUACUCAUCAUCAUCAUCUGUGGCUCAGUCAAGAUCCAUCAGCGCAAGAAGGAGGGUGGGACAUAUUCACCCCGAGAGGCAGAGAUUAUAGAGACCAAGUGCAAACUGGAUCAGCUGAUCGCUGUGGCAGAUCUGGAACUGAAACAAGAAAAGCUCAACCGGUAUUCUUCCUUCUUCUUUAGACGGAAAGAGAUUUAUGUGAUCCAGCUGCUCAGCUACAGGAAAUCACUCAAGCCUGUCAACAAGAAGUCUUUCCUGCAGCACGUAGAGGAUCUGUGUGCCAAUGACAAUGCCAAGUUCCAGGAAGAGUUCGCUGAGCUUCCAAAACUGCUGCAGGACCUGGCCACCACAGACGCAGACCUGCCCUGGAACAAAUCAAAAAACCGCUUCCCCAACAUCAAACCUUACAAUAACAACAGAGUAAAGCUGCUGUCAGAACCGGGCACUGCCGGCUCCGACUACAUCAACGCCAGCUUUGUCUCAGGCUACCUUUGUCCCAAUGAGUUCAUAGCCACCCAGGGUCCUCUUCCUGGCACAGUGGCUGACUUUUGGAGGAUGAUCUGGGAAACGGGAACUCGCACCAUCGCCAUGCUCACGCAGUGUUACGAGAAAGGCAGAAUUCGGUGUCACAAGUACUGGCCAGAGGACAAUAAGCCAAUGUCAGUGUUUAGUGACAUUCUCAUCUCAAAGGUGUCAGAGGAAGUCCUUCCUGACUGGACUGUCAGAACCCUCAAAGUAGAAAAGCACGGGCACUACAUUCUGGUUCGCCACUUCAACUACACGUCAUGGCCUGAGCACGGAGUCCCAGAGUCCUGCAGCACUCUCAUUAAGUUUGUCAAAGCCGUCCGGGCCCACAGGCACGACAACACCACAAUAGUGGUCCACUGCAGUGCUGGUGUGGGCAGAACAGGCGUGUUUAUUGCUCUCGACCACCUCAUUCAGCACGUCAGAGAUCACGACUUUGUGGACAUCUACGGGCUGGUGGCUGAACUGCGCAGUGAGAGGAUGUGCAUGGUGCAGAAUCUGGCCCAGUACAUCUUCCUGCACCAAAGCACGCUGGAGCUCCUGAACAAUAAAGGCAACAGCCAAUCCAUCUGGUUUGUCAGCUAUUCUGCUCUGGAGAAGAUGGACUCCCUGGACGCCAUGGAAGGUGACGUUGAGCUGGAAUGGGAAGAGACCACUAUGUGAAGACUGACUCGAGGGACACCUUUUGCCUGAG